AUGGAGGCGCUAUCCAGAGCUAGGACAGCCAUCAAUUCCGCUGCUGCUAAAGCGGAGAAGGUCUUCACAGACAUCAAAAAGUCUGAUUCUGCCACCCAUCGUGAUUUGGAUAAACGAUCGCCAGGGUCAUCAACGCCAGAGACCCCGAAGGACGCCGAUGAAUCGAAGGAUUCCCGUGAAAUAAAAAAUAAGAGUGUGAGACCAAGGCCAAUAAAGACCAAGGUAGAUUGGCAUGAAAGAUUAAGGAACAUAAGAAUAGGGAAAAGAGGAGCGGAAGGUUCCGAGAAGCCUGACCAUUCAACGAUGGCUUAUGCAAUUUUUGAUGAGAAUUUAUACAUGAUGGGUGAGAGAGAAUUCUCAAAUUCUAAGGAAGCAGAAGAGGGAGCAGCAGGGGAAGGCUCAAAAACUUUCAACAAGGAUAUUAUUCCAUCAUCAGCAAUUGUGAAACAGUUGGCUAUAGCAGUCGAAGCUGGAGUGAACUACAGCUCCAUGAAAGAGCUCCUUGUGUCUUCAAGAGGGUCUUCACCCAUCAGAGAGAGGGCUAGCUUAAGCUUUUCAGCAAUGAAAUCACUAGUGCUUCGUGAGAAAGAUGAUAAGUUGACCAAUGAGUUUGGAGGUGAUGAAAAGGUCAUGUGUGUAAUCAAUGCAUUGCUAAAUACAGAAGGGCAUUUUACGGGAAGGGCUUUGUGCGGUGCAGAAUUGCAGGCGAAUGCGACAUUUUUACUUAAAGAUAUCCACGGUGCUCCUAUUGAAAGUUUUGUGGUUAAACUCUCCGAAGCAGUUGGUUUCUUAAAGACCCUGCGGAAAAUGGCAGCAUUUUGGGCCAGGGUUGUUGCUGAACUAAGAAGACUUUGGUAUGAAGAGCAAUAUAUUCCUGGGAUCCCAACAGAUGAUAUCCCAGACCUGAAUUCAUGCCUGUUAUAUCAGCAGUUACAGGUUGUUAACUGCUGCAUUUCCAGAAAAAAACGACAUACUGCUGCUGUUGAAUCGCUAGAAUCUGUUACGGUUCGAGCAAGCUCAAAAUCCGAGAGUUCUUUAGAUUCCAGUGGCACACUUCCCCAGGACCCUUGUUUAUAUGCUAAAACUAAGUCUGGAGAACGUGUGCUACGAUUAGGAGCUGACAGAGAAUGCGAAAACUUGACGAUGCUAGAAACUGGAGAACCUGUCUAUUCACCUGUUUUGCAGGAACCACCUUUGCUCACCGAAGAUCUUAUCAAGGAGACAGAGGAGUUUGUGCUGAGAACUGGAAGUGUUGGAGCAGGAUGCUCCCAACUGCUUUCGGACAUGCAGGCCUUCAAGGCAGCAAAUCCAGGUUGCAUAUUGGAGGAUUUCGUAAGAUGGCAUUCUCCUCCUGAUUGGAUGGAAAACGAAACUUCCAAUGAUACAGAUGAUAUCAGCGAUGGGAGCGACUUGUCAACUGUUAAAGGCCAACUGAGUAUGCGAAUGCAAAAAGAAGGCAAUUUAUGGCGUGAACUGUGGGACACAUCGAAGCCAGUACCAGCUGUCAGACAAUCCCCUCUUUAUGAUGAAGACCUGGCUGUGGAAGGUAUUUUAAAUCAUCUGGACGAAAUCUCACCAUCUGAGCUUUUUAAGCAGCUCUUUAUUGCUGCUUUGGGCUCCGGAUUAGUAAUUGCGGAGGCCACCCUCUCCACAAAUUCGAGUCUGUCAAGUUUUUUUGACGAAUGCAAGAACUACAUUGUCCUCACUUGUCAAGGAGACACUUGGAUGGAGAAACUCGAUGAUAUAUGUCAGAUUUACGAAACGGUGGAGACUAUGGUUCUAAAUCAAGACGAAGCAAUUAAAAUCACAGUACAGCCGGAAGAAACCUCACCUGCCGAUGAAAUGAAGAACCGUUUCAAGAAACUUAGUUUAAUCUUUGGCGGAAAAAAUAAAUCUUCAUCUAAGGCCGCACCUUCUAAGAGCUUGAAGGAUAGUAAUACGGAGGAUAGCCCCGUGCGCCAUCCCUUGUCAUCAAUAUUUUCAAAGAAGCCUCCGAAGCCAAUGGCCUCUCCUUCAGAUAAUAAGACUUGCGGUUCAGUUGAUAAUGAUUGGACAAUCCUUGCCAACACUCUCUCUGGUGUUGUCCUCGGAGAGUUGUCGCCUCUCUUGGACCUCCGCCGUAGCUGCUCUAUCCAAGUUGACCACCGUACAAAUCUACGUUCUGAAACGCUAGCUCAUAAAGUUUCAAGGAUCGGCUCGAAAACGGGUUCGCCGGCUCGCGGCUCGGGCUGCUGGGCACAUUCGGCGUUGCUGGCAUUGGUUGGACCUAGGUCUUUUCGGGACUGGUCUACUGCACACAGCAUUGAGAGACCUAGGUCGCUGGCCCUGGGAAUCUGGACUGCGUACUGUGGUCGGGGAGCCCUAGGUCUUCAUGAGGACAUCCGGGAUGGCACGCACAAGAACACCCAAAAUAGGACGCUUGCACGCACAGGGAUGACCGGUGUUCGUGGCACGAUGAGCUGCAACCCGAGACACUGUGACGCGACACCUGCAACGUGGCACGCCUGCGUUCGAUACCUAGCGUCGCUCGCGUCGCCUGCAGUGGUAUGA